AUGUUCGGCUCAAUCAACCUCGUUUCCAUCCUGCUCCUCGUCUCCUCCGCUGCGGCACUUCCUGCUGAGCUUGACAAGCGCGCCGCUGCCAAGUGUGGUUCUGUGAGCUACACAGCCGCCGCAGUCAACGCCGCAUCUCAAAAGGCGUGCUCGUACUACCAGGCCGGUACUCAGGUCGGAUCGAACAGCUACCCGCACACCUUCAACAACAACGAGGGCUUCUCGUUUGCUGUUUCCGGCCCUUACCUCGAGUUCCCCAUCCUCUCCAGCGGUGCUCUAUACACUGGUGGAUCUCCUGGAGCUGACCGCGUUGUGAUCAACACUUCUUGCAAGCAGGCUGGUGCGAUUACGCACACUGGUGCUAGUGGAAACAACUUCGUCAAGUGCACCUAA